AUGAAAAUACCUCGUGAUGAUCCAAUUCUUCCUUUGGAUCUCGAAAUUGAAAUUUUGUCACGACUACCCGUGAAAACCCUCAUGCAAUUCGUGAGCGUUUGCAAGUCAUGGAAAUCACUGAUCAUCCAAGAUCCACCAUUCGCGAAACUGCACCUCAAUAGAUCUCCCAAAAACACACACAUUGUCCUCGCUAUAAAAGACGAUCCUUACGGAAUUGAAAAUCGGGACAGUUGGGUUGUUCCAUGCUCUGUGCGCUGCUUGACGGAGGAUCCGUCGUCCGUGAUCGAUGUUGAAGGGGGCUACCAUUUGAAGAGAAAUCAUAUUAUUGGCUCUUGUAAUGGAUUGGUUUGUUUGGGAAACUAUUAUGAUGGUGGCCCAAUUGAAGAAUUUUGGGUUCAACUUUGGAAUCCGGCCACACACUUGAUGUCUAAGAAGUCACCAACCUUUCAUCUGAGGAUGCAAACUUCAACUGAUGCUCCGCGGGUUAAGGCGAAUUUGGGGUUCGGUUAUGAUAAUUCAAAUGAUUCAUACAAGAGAUAUGUGAUUAACUACAACCAAUGUGGUGGUGGUGCAUUGGGAUUUUACAGAGCAGAAAAUUAUGACAAGAAUUUAUUGCAUGAAUAA